AGCCUGAAUGACUUUGUGCCUGCUGAGGAGGGUCCUGUUCACCCACCUGCCUCGGGACCAUGUGUGACCAGCAGCAGAUUCAGUGUUGCGUGCCGAUACCCCAGUGCUGUGUCAAGGGCUCCUCCUUUGGCCCCUCACAGUUUGCCUAUGCCAACAACCAGGUGCUAGUCGAAGCUCCGCGUGAGGUGCAAAUUCUAGAGUGUGCUGCACCAUGCCCAGUUCAGGUUUCCCAGGCUCCAUGCCAGUCCAGCACCACUGCAGUGAAGAGCCAGGCUCCGUGCCCAUCUAAGACCACCAAGGGGAAAUGUCAGGCUCCAUGCCAAUCAAAGACCACCCAGGUGAAAUGCCAGUCUAAGACUGCUGAGGUAAAGUGCCAAGCUCCCUGCCAGACUCAGGUUUCCUACGUUCAAGUCCCACAACCUCCUCAGACCUACUAUGUAGAGUGUGCUCCAGUGUAUUAUACAGAAACUCAGUAUGUGGAAUAUCCGGUUUCGACUUACGUGCCUGCUCCAGCUCCUCAGCCUGGCUACGUCUAUGUGGAAUGUCCCUCAGUGGGCCAGGGUCAGGGAAGUUUCUCCACUCAGUAUCAGGGCUCUUACGGUAGCUGCGCACCUCAGUCACGGGGUGCUUAUAGCAGCUGCGGUCCACAGCCUCAGUCUCAGGCCUCCUACAGCAGCUGUGCGCCCCAGUUCCAGUCCGGGCCCUCCUACAGCAGUUGCGGCCCCCAGUUCCAGUCCGGGCCCUCAUACAGCAGCUGUGGCCCCCAGCGCCAGUCCGGGCCCUCAUACAGCAGCUGUGGCCCCCAGCGCCAGUCCGGGCCCUCCUACAGCAGCUGUGGCCCCCAGUUCCAGUCCGGGCCCUCCUACAGCAGCUGCGGCCCCCAGCGCCAGUCCGGGCCCUCCUACAGCAGCUGCGGCCCCCAGCGCCAGUCUGGGCCCUCCUACAGCAGCUGCGGCCCCCAGCGCCAGUCACAGGUUUCCUAUGGCAGCUGCAACUCCCAAUUCCAGUCCCGGGCAUCCUACCGCAACUGCUCCUCACAGCAGCGCUCUUCAUUCAGCACCUGUGCACCUCAAUGCCAGCCCCAGGGCUCCUAUGGAAGCUUUACCUCGCAGCAGCGUCGGUCUCAGAGCGCCAGCAGAUGCCUCCCUCCACGUCAGCUUCAGCCUUCUUACCGCAGCUGCUCCCCACCAAGACGCUCUGAGCCUUAUUAUAGCAGCUGCCUGCCGUCCCGAGGCUCCUCAGGCUCCUACAACUACUGCACUCCACCCCGCCGCUCAGAGCCCAUCUAUGGCAGCCACUGUCCUCCUCGGGGCCGCCCUUCAGGCUGUUCUCAGAGAUGUGGACCCAGGUGCAGGAUAGAGAUUUCUUCCCCCUGCUGUCCCAGGCAGGUUCCCCCGCAGAGGUGUCCUGUCCAGAUUCCUCCCAUCAGAGGAAGAUCCCAGAGCUGUGGCCGGCAACCCUCUUGGGGUGUCUCCUGUCCAGAUCUGAGGUCACGCUCAGUACCACGCCCAUUCCCAAGGUCUUGUGGGCCACAGCGUCGAGACCCGUCUCCAGAGCCAUCAUGGCAGCGGUGCCCAGUUCCCGCACCACGUCCAUGUCCUCGCCCAGAACCAUGCCCAAGUCCAGAGCCCCGCCCAUGUCCUCCUCCGAGGAGAUUUUCAGAACCCUCUCUGUAUCCAGAACCAUGUUCAGCUCCUCAACCAGUGCCACGGCCAGCACCACGCCCAGUGCCUCGUCCUCGCCCAGUUCACUGUGAGAAUCCAGAGCCAUGUCCGCGUCCACAGCCCUGUCCACAGCCAGAACCAGUGCCACGUCCAGCUCCUUGUUCCAGCCCAGAGCCUUGUGGGGAGCCCAUUCGCUGCCCCAGUCCCUGCUCUGGUCCCAACCCAGUUCCCUACCGCCACGAGCUAGGCUGUAAUGAAUCUAACCCACACCACCUGGAUACUGAAGGCCCAAGCUGUGGCCCAUAUAGCUGCAGCCAAGGGCAGGAGAAUAACGGCAGCUGCGGAUCUGGUGAUGCCUUUUCAGGGUCACAGGGUGGUUGUGGAGAUGAAGGAAAUGCCUAUGGUGGCAUGAAAGGUGGGGCGUAUGCUGGAGCAAAGGGAGCCUAUUUUUAAACAAAGUGUAGCCCAAAUGCUCCUGCCUCAGGUUCUUUAGAAUAUGUCCCCUUCUCAUCUGGCUUGCACAUCUCCACAGACACUGAGGUGUUUCCUGCUUCAAAGCUGUUGUCCAAACUCCUUGACUGUCAUCUUGGGUUCCACACCUGAGUCCCGGGCAUCAUUCCAGCCGUAUGUCUCACUCCUCCUCUGCACACAGCUUUAAUUCUAACUAGACCAGCUUGGCCACUAGGACACUUCCUGGGUGUUCCUCUUCACAGCCCCCAGAUGCCCUUACCUCUGCUGAGGCUCCCUCAGCCUGAAUUAUUUCUCACCUGUUUCCUAGGAUCCGAAAUUGUACCUGUCUUUCAAUACCUCUUCCUUGAAGCCUUUUGUUGUUGUUAUUGUUUCCUGCUUUCACGCACUGGAGCCUAGACUGACUUCCUAGAAUUCACUGCCCCUAACACCAUCCAUUUAGCAAGUGCUUCACUAGAUUGUAAACUUUCAUCCAGGUGUAGUCAGUAUACCCUUAAAUCUCUGUUCCUAUUUUAGGUCAGGUAAUAGUUGACCAAGGUUGUGGGUGGCAGCUUGAGCCAUGUUCUGUCCUAUUGGGAAACUAUAGGCACUGGGGCAAGAGGAGGAGAGGUGACAAUAAAAACUGGAUGUAUUCACAACCUGCAUCCUGAGUAAUGUCUUCUUUUUAUUUGAUGCCAACUUGCUCAGAUGAAGUUUCUUUUAAAAUCAGCGUAAAAAUACACACAGCAAAAUUUACCGUCAUAGCCAUGCCAGAGCUUACAGUUGAGUAUUAUCAGUUACACUUGCAUUGUAUUACCAUCACCACCAUUCAGCUAGCCUACAGGACAAAACUCAAUACCCCAUUUCCCUCUUCCCCUUAACCUCUGCACACAAUCAUCCCAUUUUUCACGUUUAAAAUGUAAUGCUCUAUGUGCCACAGGUAGAGUCAUACAGUAUUUGUGCUUUUGUGACUGACUUAUUUCACUUAGCGUAAUGUUCUUCAGGUUCAGCUUUGCUCUAGCAUGUGAUAACUAUUUAAGGCAGCAUGAUGUUAUGUUGCAUGUGGAUGCCAUGCUUUAAUUGUUCAGCAAUGAAUGGCUAAGCACCUGAGUUGCUUCCAUCGUUUGGCUAUAGUUAGUAAUGGCCUAAUCGACACCGGUAUAAAAUACUUCUUUGAGUGUUUGAUUUCAAUUCUUUUGGGUAGAUGUUAUGAAACUGAAUUGCUAGAGCACAUGCUAAUCCAGGCGCUGCUAUUUUGCUUCCUGCAUGGGUGACAUCAUUCACAGUGUCACCUCAGCAAAUUCACAGUCCCAACCCACAGUCAUCAUUCACAGUCCCAACCCCUAAAACAUAACUCAGAGUUCCACCCCACAGUCCUCAUUCCUAAAACAUAAACACAGUCCCAACCCCGAAAACAUAAUUCACAGCCCUACCCUAGCAACAUCAUCCACAGCCUCAUGCCAGUGUGCAGGUCUCAGUUUCUCCACAUUCUUGUCAACUUUUCUUAGUGUCUGUGCUAUUCUCAAAUACCACUCUCAUCACGAUAUGAUGUGGAUGGUUGUCACUGUAAUUUAUUAUUUUGUUCUUGGAUUCAAUGAACCAUUGUCUGAGCUCUUCUUAAUCUAAAAGAAGCGACUUGGCUAAUGGGUUUUCUGUUUCUACUUCACAUCCUUGUCCCCUGAUGGAAAAAUGAAGUAUGGAGGGUGACUCCCAAGCUAGGAGCAAAUG